AUGCGCCCGCGCCUCGCCGGCGACCUCCAGUCCCCGCCGCCCCUGAACCCCGCCGCCGGCCGUCUCCCCGGCCAGAUCCGGCCUGGCCGCGGCCGGAUCCCCGCCGUCCCCUCCGUCUCCGGCCUCCCCGCCGGUCCCCAGGCUCGGCCCCGCCUCGUCUCGCGUUCGCCGGAGCGGCGCCGGGAUCCGCCGCCGUCGUCCCGCUCGCCGUUGACCUCCAGUUGCUGCCACGUGGGCCCCGCGGCCCAGCCCAGCGUCGGGCGCUGCCCCGGCCUGCCUCCUCAACCCCCUGAUGGCCCAGCCCAGCACCGACAGGCCCAAGCGCCCUAG